AAAUUUUACUCUUCAGAGCCGAAGCAUGCAAACGCUGGUUUUGCUGCGAAACAGUAGGUUCUUUCAAGCAAUACAUCGAACACUUGGUAGUACCUCUUCUCUCAAGUUUCUGUGUUCCACAACAGCUGAUAAACUUCAAACACAAACUUCGGAAUCGGAACAAGAAAAACCCAAAUGCUUAUCGUUGAGAAUUGAGAAACUCCCUAAAGGAGAAACUGUUGGGUUAGCGUUUAAAAGCUGGAUGGCUGAUGGAUUUCCCGUUCACAGGGGUGAUAUUUUUCACGCCGUUAAUCGUUUGAGGAAAUUUAAAUUGAACAAACGAGCUCUUGAGGUGAUGGAAUGGGUGAUUAGAGAGAGACCGUAUCGGCUGAAAGAAUUAGACUACUCUUACCUAUUGGAAUUUACAACUAAACUCCAUGGCAUAUCACAAGGUGAAAAGCUAUUUACUUGUGUCCCUCAGGAGUUUCAGAAUGAGUUGCUCUACAAUAAUCUUGUGAUUGCAUGCUUGGAUAAAGGCCUCAUAAGGCUUUCACUGGAGUACAUGAAGAAAAUGAGGGAAUUAAAACACCCCAUCUCAUACUUGGUUUUCAACCGUCUGAUAAUCCUCCAUUCAUCUUCAGGACGUAGGAAGACCAUUCCUAAAAUUCUAAAUCAAAUGAAGGCAGAUAAGGUGGUUCGGCACGUCUCCACCUACAAUAUUCUCAUGAAAAUGGAGGCAAAUGAGCACAACAUUGAAGGGUUGGUAAAGGCUUUCAAUGAUAUGAAGCGAGUAGAAGUUUAUCCGAAUGAGGUAUCUUACUGCAUACUAGCUACUGCACAUGCAGUGGCAAGGCUAUACACAGCAGCUGAAGCUUAUGUUGAGGCCGUCGAGGAGGCCAUGACUGGGAAUAACUGGUCAACGCUAGACGUCCUAAUAAUAUUGUAUGGGUAUUUGGGGAAAGGGAAGGAAAUAGAGAGAACUUGGGGCACUGUGCAAGAGUUCCCUCAUGUUCGAUUGAAAAGUUAUAUUCUGGCAAUUGAAGCAUAUGGUAGGAUAGGAAAUCUAUGUCAAGCUGAAGAGCUUUGGUUACAAAUGAAAUCAGUAAAAGGGUUGAAAUCAACCGAGCAGUUCAAUUCAAUGAUAUCUUUAUACUGCAAAAAUGGGCUUCUCAGCAAAGCAACUGAGGUUUUCAGAGAAAUGAGGAUGAAUGAAUGCAAACCAAAUUCCAUUACCUUUCGACAACUUGCCCUGGGUUGCUUAAAAGCGGGACUGGUGGAGGAAUGCUUGAAGACUUUAGAAAAGGGGAUGAAUUUGACAACAUCCAACAAAGUCAGAUGUUCAACACCAUGGAUGGAGAACACUUUUUCAAUGGUAGAAAUUUUUGCUGAAAACGGUGAUGUGAAGAAUGCUGAGAAGUUGUUUGAAGAGCUUAAAAAAGCCAACUAUUCCCGGUAUACUUUUGUGUACAAUACUUUGAUCAAGGCUUAUGUGAAGGCUAAAAUAUAUGAUCCUAACCUUUUGAAAAGGAUGAUUCUUGGAGGGGCGAGGCCAGAUGCUGAAACCUAUAGCUUACUGAAACUUAUUGAUCAGUUUCAAAGAUAAAAUAUAAAGCAUGUAUCCUUGUGACUUGUUAAUUGUAUUUAUUCUUUCCUAUUGAUCCUUCUCAAGAGAAUGAAUGUCUUGAACAUUUGGUCAAAUUGGUAUGCCAUUGUGGGAAUUAGAUUAUUGUUGAAAGUAUAUUCUGGACAAAUUUGUGCAGCUUAUUAGG